UAUGGUUGAUCAAAAAGAAGAAGAUGAAAAAAUCGAUCAAGAACUAAAAGAAAUUAGUCAUCUUGGUGAUCAAUGUGAAAAGUUAGCACAAGACGUAAACAUUAUUAAAGCUAACAUUAAAGCUAACAACAACGUUAAUAAAUCAGAAUGUGAAGUUUAUGUAAACAAAAUUACUGAAAAUGAUUUGAUGGAUCCUAUCUUUCGUAAAGAU